AAUCGCUUUCUGAAACAACUCGUUAGUCCCGAGUCAAAUGAAAGUGAACGACUCGUUAAAGAACGAGUCAUCACUAGCAGCAGCAGCAGCAAAGUGACGCUGUUCGGUUGCCAGGAGCAACUUAAACAGAGAGGGGGGGAAUACAAGCCAGAUAACGUAGUUAAUUCAUAUUCACUUUAAAUACCGGACGAAAACGAUUGACUAGAGUUCACGGCUCUUUAUUUUGUUGUUCCCCCCUGUUAUGACACUUGUUUACAGUUUGACGUUUUCUGCAUAAAGUCUGCAAUUUGCUGCGAUGGCUGACUUUGGGUUUAGCGAACAUCACCAGAACGAGGUCAUAAACUAUAUGCGAUUUGCUCGCUCUAAGAGGCUCCUGCGACUUAAGACCAUUGACUCAUGCUUUCAGGAACUCAAAGACAGCAGACUGGUUGAGGAGACCUUUACGGUGGAUGAGGUGUCGGAAAUGUUGGAUGGGCUGCAGGUGGUGGUGCGUGGAGAGGUGGAGAUGGAGCUCAUCAACACUGCCCACACCAAUGUUCUGCUCCUGCGGCAGCUCUUCUCCCAGGCUGAGAAAUUUUAUUUGAAACUGCAGACUGAUAUCUCUGAGUUGGAGAACAGAGAAUUACUGGAACAAGUAGCAGCAUUUGAAAAGACUGAUUUCAAAUCCGGCAGCAAGGUAAAUCAGGAAUCCAAUAAACCCAAGUUAGCCCCACUGAAUGAGGGAGGAGUGUCAGAACUGCUUAACAAGGAAAUUGCCAGACUACAAGAAGAGAAUGAUAAACUGAAAGCUAGAGUCAGAAUAUUGGAAAGUCAGGCCAUGAAUGCCCUAGAUGAGAAGUGUGAGGCUGAGAGGGCCCUGACUGAUCUUCAGAAAAUGCAGGGAGAUCAGCAGCAUGCCAUGCAAGAUAAGGAGAUUUCUAGACUGGAGGACACUGUGGCAGCCAUGCAGAUUAAUUUUGAGAAGACACUCAGCACCAGUUCUGCAUCACAAAAGGAACUACAAAACAGCCUGGUGUCCGCUAAACAUGAGCUGCUCCGUGUUCAAGAUCAGCUUGCCCUUGCUGAGAAGGAACUAGAUAAGAAGUUUCAACAGACAGCUGCAUAUCGGAACAUGAAAGAGAUUCUGGGUAAGAAGAAUGACCAGAUUAAGGACCUCAGGAAAAGACUGCAAAGGUUGAAGCACAGUCAUUUAACUGGAACAGAAAAAUAGAAGGUUUAAAACUGGCUGAGAAACAGACAAACUCUGCUACUAAGAUAUGAGUCUGAUGAUUGAAAUCCUGAAUCAUAGAAAAUGGCUUGUGAGAGGGCGCUUUAUGGCUCCCACUUGGUAAUUCAUAUUCUGUGUCUCUCAGUAUGUCAUCUUGUUUAUGUACCUAGUACAACAUAUAUAUAUAUAUAUAUAUAUAUAUAUAUAUAUAUAUAUAUAUAUAUGUGUGUGUGUGUGUGUGUGUGUGUGUAUUUAACUCUGCAAUUCAUUGUGUAGUAUGAUGAAUGCCAAAAGGCUCUGAAUAAAGAUAGUUUUAAUAUCAUCAGUA